AUGGCGCCGCAACAGACCACUGCGGCCGCAUUCUAUUCUCAUCAACCCUAUGGACUUGCAAACAGCGCACCAAAUACUCUUGAAAACUUACGGUAUGUCUCAUUGCCUGUCACACCUAUUUCGACACUACCGCCAUCGUCAUCGCUUCAAUCAUCAUCUGCGGACGAGAUUGCGAGGCAGCGGGCUAAGGAACUCGAAGAGGAUCAGCAGGAUGUCUUGCGGGAGCUCAAAUGUUAUGAACAUGAACCAGUCACGUUUCACGCGGGCGAGCCUCCUCUGUACCCUGCGAGCGCGUCUUUUCAUCCAGCAAAGAGACGUGCACAUUACAUCGGAACAGACUCUCACCAGCUCUCACCGUGGGUGAUGGAAGCAUUGCAAAUUAUCAAGUUCUCCUACAGGCAAGACAGGCUCAGUUUCACUGAUGAUUUGAUUGCUCGAGAAGAGGACUACAAAUUGUCAGGCCCUUUGACUCGACGAGCUGUGGAGGAGUUGAUCAGUAGCGGAAAGCUUGACGAGCUCUCAGACCUCAUGCAGAAUGCUGACGACGAUGACGAGGAAGAUUUAGCCUUAGCGUAGCUAAUUCAUA